ACAUAACAGGUGUAAAGUUUGUUCUUUUCAACCGAAAAUCCCUCUCGGUGUUCACUUUCCAAAAUGCCGCACGACUUCUGUACUAGCACUUUCUACCUGUAUACCGCAGAUUUUCAACGUUUAUUUCUCCAUUAUUUUGGUUUUGUGGCGAUCCCGGUGCACGUCUACGGUGCCUAUUGUAUCAUUUUCCAUACCCCAUCGUCCAUGAAAUCCGUGAAGCUGAGCCUCUUGAAUUUUCACUUUUUAAGCUGCUUUUUCGAUUUGGGCCUCAGUUUUUUGACGACACCUUACAUAUUGUUCCCAGCACUAGCUGGUUAUCCAUUGGGUGUGUUGAAGGAUUUUGGAGUGAGGAAUGAGCAUCAGUUGUAUUUUAUGCUUGUUGUUGGAGCUUACAUGCUCGUCACAAUCAUUCUCGUCUUCGAGAACCGUCUACUCAUCCUCAUCCCGACGAGCAAAUGUUGGCGUGUAUUUCGAACUCCGUGGUUCAUCACGCAUUUCAUCGUUGCAACAGUGUUCUUUUUCCCCGCGUACCAAAUGAUCCCCGACCAGCAACUCGCAAAGAACUUUGUGAUAAGCAUAGCCCCAUGCAUUCCACUUUAUGUGAAUGCUGACCUGGUUUUUGUGAUGCUCCUUGAAACUCGAUUUUUCCUCCGAGCAGCUGGUGUUCUAAUUUUGGCGGGGUUCAUGGAGAUUUGGAUAUUUGCAUAUGUUACCGAUAGAUUGCUUGGGCAACAGAUAAAUCGGACAAUGUCGAAGAGGACAGUGGAGUUGCACAAGAAAUUUCAAAAAGCAUUUCUGACCCAGCUAACAAUCCCAAUUCUUAUUCUCAUCCUGCCCAUCAUCUAUAUCGGUGUUUCGUGCCUAGUCUUCUACCACAAUCAGGCAAUCAAUAAUAUUACUGUGAUAAUUGUGUCAUCCCAUGGUUUCUUCUCGACAAUCGUCAUGAUUUACAUACACGCACCGUACCGCGAGUUUACGCUUCGAUGGCUCACGGUUUUGACGCAUGUUCGAUUGGAAAAUCAGAGUUCGGUGGUGCCGAGUAAUAAUAUUACAUAGCUGCUCAAUAAAGUGUGCAUUUAAUUUGAA